AUGACCUUUGCUUUCUCUGUGUUCGGCAAAAUUUUCAAAAUGGGUCUAAUACCUUCAAUCAUGGAUAACCUAUGCAAAGAUACACUUGUUGCUGAGGCUAAUGAUUUAUACUCUGAUAUGAUUUAUAAGGCUGAUAUGGUUGUCAAGGGAGAAGCCAUUGAUUUGUUUAAUCAAAUGGUGCUGAAAAACAUCAGCGCGGAUGUGUAUACCUUUAAUAUAUUGGUUGAUGCCUUCUGUAAAGAAGGAAAGGUGAAACAAGCUAAAGAUGUAUUGGAUGGUGAAAGCUGCUUUGGCCAUGAUGUCGGAAAUGAAAGGCAGUGGUUGCAACCUAAUGGUGUAACUUAUGAAGCAAUUAUUUAUAUGCAGGGCUUGUUAAUGAAUGCAGGGUCAAGUAUUGAAGGUUAG